UUCCGUAUUGGUUAUCUACAGUAAACAAAUGAUAAUGCAUCUGUGUCUGCUAUAAAAACCAUGCUCCCAUGUUCCUCCUCAAGAGAAUUCCUGAGUUUCCCUUUGGUUCACACCUUCAACAUGCUGACGCUAAAGCUAAGCGGGAUCCUUUUGCUGCUGAUCCUGUGCCAAUUUGGUAUAGUUGCAUCCGUGAUCUGUGAACAUGGAUUUGGGACCCUCAGAUGCAAUUCGGGAUCAAUAAGGAUUAUUGAUGCCACCUACGGACGGAGUGAUCGCAUAACAUGUUCUUAUGGGCUUCUAGCUUCCAUGAUCUCAAAUACAAACUGCAGAGCACCAGUCACCAAUAUAGUUGCCUCUAUGUGCCAUAGAAAAACGAGCUGUGUUCUUUUUGCAUCAAACAUUCAUUUCUCUGAUCCUUGUGUUGGAACUUAUAAAUACCUGGAUGUGACUUAUACAUGUCAGUGAAGUGCAUUGCGAAGACUUCUUGUCAACUAAGUGCUUCAAACUCUGAUCCAUGUCAGCUGUCAAUAUCUGGAAGUGACUUACAGCUGUAAAUAAUAUUAUUUGUCCAGCCGUAUUUUAUGUUUUGUGUGUUAUAUAUGAAAAUGAUCGCUAUUAUAGAUGUUAGAUGCUGGUAUAUAAUAUUGUUUUUGGUCUAUCCAUUCACUCCUCAGUAAAACAAUACAUUGAAUUAUGGGGUUCAGAAUAAAAUGAAAAUUUCAUAACAAACCUAAUUUUACAACUUCCAUAUUUAUUUUGGAAAGCUUUAAUACUCAUGUGUCAACAAAUGUGAAUAAUGGGAAACAUCCUGGUCCUAAAAUGCUUUAUUUUUGUAAAUGCAUGUCAUGGCUCUCUUUUGAUUUUGAGGUGAUUUUCUCUCAUAAAAAUGUUAGACACUAUUAUAUCUAUGUAAAUGACUAUGUUUAUCAUAUUAAUGGAAAACAAUAAUGUGAUCUGGUGAGAAAACAACUCAAAUUCCAGUAGAAGAAUCUACAAAAUGCAAGAGUUUUUCUUUAAUAUGGUUUUGUAAGCAUUUGUAUUGUAAAAAAACACUAUGUGUAAAGAAUGUCGUAAAACUUUUAAAUAUGAUAAAACUAUUCUGACUUCAGUUUUAUUGACAGCCACACACACACUGUGUUUUGUUUGGUAAUGUUAAUAAUAAGUCUUCAGUGCAGUCACAACAUGUCUGUCUUUUAUUUCUUAGUUGAACAUGUGUUAGGCUUCUUCUUUUUAUAUUACUUGUAUGUACUCCACACAUAACACUUAACAGUGCCAUCUAUUGGCUUUCUUAUGAAACAACAAUCUGAUAUCAUCACAUCCCCCUUUCUUUAAAGAAAAUUGCUUGAGUUUCUGCUU